UCCAAACGGUUUCGCGCAGUUGUCAACAAGUAUCAGCAUGUAGCGCUCGAACAAUUGUUUAAAAAUCGAAGAAAGAUCAACUAGGCGCUUGAGAUCACUCUAAAUAUUUUCGGUCGACUCUCUGAGAGAUGGAGACCCCGGAGACCGAGGUCGAAACCCCCCUCGAGGAUCAGGUGACGGAUACUUCCGUCAAUUCGAGGUUGGAACAGUCGCAGGACUCCCAGGAGGAGAAUGACAGUGAACCGAGGGAAAAAUUGUUAAAACUACCUGUUGGAAGGGUCAAACACAUUGUCAAGUCUGAUCCAGACGUCAGUUUGGUUAAUCAGGAGGCGAUUUUCCUCAUCACAAAGUCUGCGGAAUUAUUUAUUGAUUCAUUAUCAAAGGAGGCUUACAAAUACACCUCCCAAGCGAAAAAGAAAACAGUUCAAAAGAAGGAUUUGGACCAGGCGAUUGAUCACGUCGAUUCCCUAGCCUUUCUCGAAGGGAUGCUGGAGCAGAUGAUGUAAAUUCCCUACUAAAAAAUUAACCCAAGAAUAAAUAUUUUUUAUCGCCAAA